CAGUUUGAAUCGUAGUUUUGAAUUGGUUUGAAAAUUUUUGCUUUAGAGCGUCUAAUCGAGUACUUAUUUUUUAAAUGUAACUGAAACGUUUCGUUUGGGUGAUUUCAGUGUAAAUGAAAUAUUAUUAUUAAUUAAAAUGCUAUAAAGAUUUAAAUAACAUAAUGUAUUUCCAGAUCGAAAAUACUCCGGAACAUGUAAAAAGAGCCCGGAGAGCUAAAAAAGCCCCCCCUGUGUCGCCUAAAGAAGAAUGUCCACGUUUGAUACUGGCUCCCUUCUCCAGACCGCCGCAAGUCGUUUUCGACAAUGUUCUCAUCGGCUCAUCAUGCGAAAAAUAUUUGGAAGUUUUCAAUCCGUCCAAACAAGUUCAACAGAUAACAUUAAACAAAGCUUUACCUCCUGGAUUGAUUAUCGAAUUGCCUGGAGAAUGGCUUGUUCUAGAACCAGAGACAUGCUAUUGUUUGAGCAUGGUGUGGUCUCCGACACAACCUAUAGCUCUACGGGAGACAAUUAGGUUCACUAAUGAGAACAGAGGCAGAUAUGAUGUCAUUGUUGUUUUGAAAUCUGUAAUGGCUAUCAAAGCAAAGACUAAAGGUUUCAAGACCUCUCCAGGGAAGAUAAAAAAGAAGUCAUUGAAAAAAUCUCCAGUAAAUAUCACAAAAAAGAAAGUAGCAGUAAUCUAUAAUACCACUCAAAUUAAGAAAACUAUAAAUGUUGUGCAGUCUACAAAAUAUAAAGUUUUAACUACCAGUAGUGAAACUUUUCUGGACCACAGACCUGCUUCACCUAAAUGCCCCUUUGACUCGCCUAAUAGUGUUGAUAUUGAUUUUAACACAUCAGAAAUAUUUUCAAAUGUUCAAAAUCGUACUGCCGAAUCUUUUCUGCAAAAAACAUAUGACAAACCUGUGAUGAAUGACAAAUUGGAAAUACCCAAAUCAUACAAUGUUUUGAAACCAUCAAACAAACAAACCUUUGAGACGUCUGCCUCUGAUAUUUUUGACAACAUCACAUUCACUCCUCUGAAAAGUGCUGCAACAAAAAAUGAAAAACUAAAUAAUGGACCUAAAAUUGUAUUGAGUAUACCUUCCGAAAGUGACUAUGAUGACAGUUUAGACAUUAAAGAUGGGAAUAAAGAGAAUGAAACCCACUCAAUCAUUUGUAUUACAUCAACUCAUUUGACCAAUAAUAGGUGGUUAACAGUAGAUAGCCACACCAAAUUGGGUAAUACGGAAAUUGAAACCCCUAAGAUUGUAAGUAAAAAAAUUCCAAACACAUCUUCACCAAAAGAAUUAAAUAGUCCAAACUUUUCCAUAAAUACCGACUUUUCCCGUAUAAGUGACUUGUCGUUCUUCCCGCCACGAUUUUCAACGGAACGCAAGAUGUUCCCGAAAAUUAAUAAUGACACUCACGAUAUAAUAGAUGACCAUCAUAUGAAACUAAGUUCCGAUACUUAUACAAAAGAUUCGCCCAAUACACCAUUUGAAUAUCACGUGAACCAAAUCGAAUCAAGGCAGUGUUAUCCUCUGAAGGAACAAAAUCAACGAAUGUGUAGACAAGCAUUAUUUAGAGAACAAGAUAUACGGGACUACAAUGAACGAAAUUUCGUUACUCGUGCAGAACAUAAUUCCUGGCAAAAUGAUUUGAGAAUGGAUAUAAGAUCGCCGCCUAGAUCUAUAACUCCACCUUUACAAUCCAUUCCCGAAGAAAGUGUUCAAUUUUCAGACACGCAUACGUUUGAUAGAACAAAUCAGCAUAUGGAUACAUUCUCUGUUAAUCGUACUUAUAAUAAACAUGAAAAAACAGUAAAUAGGCAAACGGCUUGGUCAAAAAAGGCUGUUGUUAAAUCGAAGAUUUUACCAUUAACGAGGGCUUCUGCUACGAAAAUAAAUUCCACCUUUGAUGCGAAUAAAAGUAACGCUACGAAUGUUACUCUUAAUUAUAUCCCAAAUGUUUAUUCACAAUCACUAACUGUUGAUCCUUUCUUAUCAACUACGUAUUUUUAUGAUGAAUCUCUGAUUCAAAAAUUUGAAAGAGACUUCAAACGUUGGCUAAAUUAUAUAUUGACACCUCCCGAUCUCGAUAGUAAUGUUGAACAGAAAAUAGAUGUAGGUAAGGCAUGGAUUGAAAAUAGAAAUAAAGAAAUUCCAACAGCUCCGACUAGAGAAAAAGUUUGUAACGUUUAUCACAAUAGUCAUCGACUCGAAAGUUUACGUAAAUCCGCGAGAACUUUGCUUAAAACCCCAGAAAUAUCUCAAGUUCUUCUUAAAUUGAACGCUCAGAUAGACAAGAAACUGAUUGCCAUAAGAGACGAUAGAAAUUUACAUUUAGAUAUUGGAUUACAGAAGACCAUUAUGGAAAUUAUACUCUCGUAUAAUCCACUGUGGUUGCGUAUAGGCUUAGAGGCAAUAUAUGGCGUAAUUUUACCUUUGAAAUCAAACAGCGAUAUAGAGGGAUUAACCUUGUUUAUCAUCCAGAGGAUGUUUAAGAAUCCCUUUUUAAAAAAUAAACAUUCAAAAUCGACUGCACCAAACAUGCUGCUGCCGGCAUAUAUAGAGGCGAUCAAGAAGUUUAGUUUGAAGAAAUUUUUCAUGCUGGUAUUCUUUCUAGAUCAAGCAAAACAAAAGAAGUUGAUAUCGCACGACCCUUGUUUAUUUUGUAGAAAUGCAAUAUGCAAGGAGAGUCGUCAAAUAAUAAUCCGUUUCACGCGGGAACUUAUAGCCGGAAUUGGCGAUAUCACUAAACAUUUACGACCACUGGGUUAUGUGGUGGUUCACAAACAAACAUACCUGGAUGAGUACAAAUAUGGUGUGAACGACAUAGCGAUUGAUUUAAGGGAUGGAGUGAGGUUGACAAAAGUUUCUGAAAUUAUUCUAAUGAGAGAUAAUCUACUCAGUCAGCUACGUGCUCCCGCUGUUUCGCGCUUGCAGAAAAUACAUAACGUUGAAGUUGCUCUCAAAGCAUUAAGAGGUGCAAACUUUAAGAUUGAAGGUGAAAUUACUUCGACUGACAUUGCAGAUGGUCACAGGGAAAAAACAUUAUCUCUUCUGUGGCAAUUAAUUCACGUAUUUCGUGCACCUUUAUUCGAAAGAGCGGCCAACGUUAUACAAAUUUGGUGGAAGAAGAAAUAUGAAGUUAUUGCUGAAAAGAAAAGAGUUGAAGAGGAAAUACUCAGAAAGAGGAUUAUUGCUGCUGAAAUUAUUCAGUACUGGUGGCGACGUAUACAGUAUAAACGCAUGUAUGAAAAGCGAUUGUAUGAGGUUACUUGUGCUGUUAUUACUUUACAGAAAUUUUGCCGAAUGUGGCUGUGCCGUAGCCGUUUGCGCAAGUAUAAAACAAGUGUUCUAAAAAUAGAAAGAUGGUACACGGAUUUGAAAUUAAUACGAGAAGCUAAAGAGAUAUUACGAUCAAAGAGAGAAGAACGUAGACACAAGUGCGCUGUUCUUAUUCAGGCAUAUGUCAGACGCUGUCAUAGAGCACUUCAAACAGUAAAGCUAUAUAAAGAACAACAAAUUUUAAAAGUUAUAUAA